AACGGCCUUCUGUUUACAUCUCCGAUUAUCCAUUCAUCUGGGAUAUAAUCGCAUGGCUGUCUGUGGUCUGGAUUUCUAAUUGUACUUUUGAAGAAUUUAGGCUCCGGCUUCAACUACUUUUUUUUGUUUUUUUUUUUUUAAAACACGUCCCCCCUCCCCGAUUUGUUUGGUUAACUUUUACUCUUCUUCUGGCGGCUUGCUUCCCGGCUCGCGCUGCCAUGUUUUCCUAGCUGACGUUCCGGAGCGUGGCGGGGACUGGCAUGCUUUUGCGCCCGACCGUACCGGGACUCUGCGCUAUGCUGCAGACCAUUUACGAGACGGAAUCUUGCUUUUCCUCGGAUGCGAUGUCCGGCCGGGACAAGCCUCUGCAGAUGCUAUCUAGAAGCAGGAUACAUGCCCUUCCUCACGCCGCAGUGGAGGUAAAGACUUCCCUCCCGGUGGGGAUGCAGAGUCCCGCUGGCGGCGGGGACCAGGGCAGCGGCCCGGUGGACCUUCGCACGGAGCCCCGGCUGAGCCAUGCGCCCCCACCGCCCCCACCGCCGAUGGACCCCACACUGCGGGAGCAGCAGCUUCAGCAUGAGCUUCUCCUCCUCAAGCAGCAGCAGGAGCUGCAGAAGCAGCUGCUCUUCGCCGAGUUCCAGAAGCAGCACGAGGUCCUCACUCGGCAGCAUGAGGUGCAGCUCCAGGAGCACCUCAAGCAGCAGCAGGAGAUCUUGGCCGCCAAGCGGCAGCAGGAGUUGGAGCAGAAGCGGAAGCUGGAGCAGCAGAGACAUGAGGAGCUGGAGAAGCAGCGUCUGGAGCAGCAGCUGGUCAUGCUCAGGAACAAGGAGAAGGGCAAGGAGAGUGCCAUCGCCAGCACAGAGGUAAAACUGAAGCUGCAGGAGUUCUUGCGCAGUAAAAAAGACCCCACCCCCGGCGGGCUGAACCAUUCCUUCCCUUCGAAAUGCUGGGGGGCCCACCAUACAUCUCUGGACCAGAGCUCACCCCCCCAGAGCAAUACCCCUGGGACACCGCCCUCUUACAAGUUGCCCCCCCUGCUCGGGACCUACGAUGGCAAAGAUGACUUCCCGCUUCGCAAGACCGCUUCCGAGCCCAACUUGAAGGUACGCUCCCGGUUAAAACAGAAGGUGGCCGAGCGGCGCAGCAGCCCCCUCCUCAGGCGCAAGGACGGCACCGUCAUCAGCACCUUCAAGAAGAGGGCCAUCGAGAUCACAGUGUCCUCCAUGUGCAGCAGCGCCCCUGGCUCUGGGCCUAGUUCCCCCAACAGCUCCAACAGCGCCAUCGCCGAGAAUGGGUCCAGCGGCUCUGUGCCCAACAUCCACAACAAGCACCUACGCUCGCAGCACCAGACCAUGAGCGUGGAUGGAUCUGCCAGCCAGCUCAGCCUGUACACCUCCCCCUCGCUGCCCAAUAUCUCCCUGGGCCUCCCAGCCUCUGUGACGGCCACCAGCUCCAGCAUCGCUCCCCCACAGAAACUGUCCGCCCAGCAGGAGGCGGAGCGCCAGGCCAUCCAGACCAUGCGGCAGGGGGGCGCCCUGACAGGGGCCUUUGUCAGCGCCUCAUCCUUGCCCGCGUGCCUGCCACCCGGCGUGCCCCAUGACGCCGAGCCGGCAUCGGCCAACAGUCACGGCCACUCAUCCCUGCUGCAACACGUGCUGCUCCUGGAGCAGGCCCGCCAGCAGAGCGCGCUGCUUGCAGUGCCGAUCUACGGCCAGUCGCCCCUGGUGGCCGGUGAGCGGACGUCGUCCGGCAUGCGGACGGUGAACAAGCUGCCGCGGCACCGGCCACUGAGCCGCACGCAGUCAGCGCCGCUGCCCCAGAGUCCGCAGGCCCUGCAGCACCUGGUCAUGCAACAGCAGCACCAGCACUUCCUGGAGAAGCAGAAGCAGUACCAACAGCAGAUCCAGCUCAACAAGAUGCUCUCCAAAGGCACAGAGCUACCUCGUCAGCCCCCAAGCCACCCGGAAGAGACGGAGGAGGAGCUGACGGAGACGGCCGAGAUGCAGGAGGACCGGGUCGAGGGCCUGGAGCUGCUGAGGGAGGGCCAGGAACUGCCGCCCGAUAGGCCGGGCGAAGUCUCGUCUCUCUCAGAGCCAAUCACACUGAAGGAUGAGAACACUGAGAGCGACGUGGAGGAAGAUGAGGACGAGGACGAGCUGCGUGAGGAUGAUGAGCACGGCAUCCCCUACACCCAGUUUUCAGACCAGCAGCACCUACAGCAGCUCCACCUUUUCCAGGCGUCCUUGUCGAUCACCGGCAUGCCCCACAGGCCUUUGGGAAGGGCCCAGUCCUCCCCAGCCACAGCCAACCUUAAAGGCACCCCCAUGAGUGAACUUGCUGUGAAGCCUCUCUUCACUACAGGUGUGGUGUACGACACGUUCAUGCUGAAGCACCAGUGCAUGUGUGGGAACACGAACAUACACCCAGAGCAUGCCGGGAGGAUCCAGAGCGUGUGGUCACGGUUGCAAGAGACGGGCUUGCUCAAUCGCUGCGAGAGGAUCCGAGGAAGGAAAGCUACCCUAGAUGAGAUCCAGACGGUCCAUUCAGAACAUCACGCCCUGCUAUAUGGCACCAGCCCUCUCAACAGGCAGAAGCUGGACAGCAAAAAGCUCUUAGGUCCCAUCAGCCAGAAGAUGUACGCGGUGCUGCCUUGCGGAGGCAUCGGGGUGGACAGUGACACAGUGUGGAAUGAGAUGCACUCUUCCAGCGCAGUCCGCAUGGCGGUGGGCUGCGUCAUUGAACUGGCCUUCAAGGUAGCUGCUGGAGAGCUCAAGAACGGCUUUGCGGUGGUGCGUCCCCCCGGGCACCACGCAGAGGAGUCCACAGCUAUGGGCUUCUGCUUCUUCAACUCGGUGGCCAUCGCUGCCAAGCUGCUUCAGCAAAAGCUGAACGUGGGGAAGAUCCUCAUCGUGGACUGGGACAUCCAUCAUGGCAAUGGCAGCCAGCAGGCCUUCUACAGCGACCCCAAUGUGCUCUAUAUCUCCCUGCAUCGCUACGACGACGGCAACUUCUUCCCCGGCAGUGGAGCCCCUGAAGAGGUGGGCACCGGCCCGGGAGUGGGCUACAACGUGAACAUCGCGUGGACGGGUGGCGUGGACCCUCCCAUGGGGGAUGUGGAGUAUCUGUCCGCCUUCAGGACUGUGGUGAUGCCCAUCGCCAACGAGUUCUCCCCGGACGUGGUGCUGGUGUCAGCUGGAUUUGACGCCGUUGAGGGCCAUCAGUCCCCACUGGGGGGGUACUCAGUCACAGCCAAAUGUUUCGGUCACCUGACCAAACAGCUGAUGAAGUUGGCAGGCGGGCGUGUCGUCUUAGCGCUGGAGGGGGGUCACGACCUCACGGCUAUCUGCGAUGCCUCAGAGUCGUGUGUGUCCGCCUUGCUGGGGGAGGAGCUGGAUCCCCUGCCCCAGAGCGUGACGCAGCAGAAACCGUGUCCCAAAGCCGUCACCUCACUGGAAAAGGUCAUUGAGAUUCAGAGCAAGCACUGGAGCUCAGUGCAGCGCUUCAGCUCUGCAGCUGCCCUGUCGCUGCUGGAGGCCCAGCGCAGGGAGAAGGAGGAGGCCGACACAGUCUCGGCCAUGGCCUCGCUCACCGUGGACGCCGAGCAGGGCGUGAUCCAGGACUCCAGCAGGUCCAUGGAGGAGCCAAUGGAGGAAGAGCCUGUGCUGUAGGGGGCGCUGACACCCGUCGCGAACCGCGGAACCCAUCACUUUCCACCCCCUGCUCCUCCCUCCCCCUCCCCAGAUACCACAGGCCUGUUGUUCUGUCAGGGCCCCUCGGGGCCCCUCGGGGCCCCUCCCACCACACCUGAUGCCGUCGGAGGGCUUGUCCGACAUGACGACUCGGGCGGAUAGACGGAUGGGGCGUCCCCCCCACAAAACAGGCUGGUGUUUUUUUUAACAGGGUGGGGGCGGCGUGGGGCUUCGGAGGACUGGACAGCGCAGAAGGCGGUUUGACGUUUUUAACGCACUUUUCUCCUCCCCAAGCUGGCAGUAGGGUAUGAAGUAAGGAGACAGUAGCACAAACUAAUGUACACUGACAUGCGUCCGGGGGGGAACGGCACAGUGAUCUUGGGAGUGCACCAGCCUUCGGGUCGCUUUCUUUCUCGUGAGUGUGCGUAACUUUUAUCUCUUUUUAUUUUGUCAGUGUACUUGUCUAUUUGUUCAGUACUGUGCAAAAGAGCACAAAUAUAUUGUACGUAUAACAUGAAACGGCAUAUAUACUAGUAACUACACACACAUGCACACACACACUGUAUAUUUCUAUCCAUUUUGUCUACUCCGUGUGUUGGGUCAGGACAGGGUUUGUCUGUGUUUUUGUAUUUUCCAAAAGCACUGCGAAAAGGAUAAAAAAGAUCACUCUUCCCUGUAGCAGCCGAAUGUUUCCCCGGACAGAGCCCGGUUCUCAUGCCGUUUGCCCGGAAAACAUAUUUAUUUCCUCACUUGUGGACGUUCAAUAGGGUUAUGACACAUUCAGCUGUUUUUUUUUUUUUAAUAUAAUUUCUUUCCGUCCAACUAACACGCUCUCGCACAUUCACUGGCACCGGACCUGCUGGUAGCUCCCUCCAGGGCAGCUACGAAGUGUUAGCGAGGGACGCUCAGGCUCGUUAUAAGCGCUGGCCUUCCUCGGUCCUCGCGCAGUCUGAGGAGGUAUUUGUGGCUGCCAAAGCAAAGUGAGCGUUGAAAUGCAAGAGGAAUUUGGUGCCUUUUCUUAAACAACAACAACAACAAUAAUAACAAUAAAAUGGAACAAAAAAAAUCCACACACUUGUUACUCUCAUUUUUAUUGAAAUGCCUUAACUUCCUGAAGAAAAAGCGCCAAUUCAGCAGAUGUUGCAGCCAGGAUAGCUAGGAUUUUCUCUCUUUCUCUCUCCUUGUUCAUGAUUUUCUUUAUAUCUAUCCCCCCUUCCCUAUCUUUUACUGUGAUUGGUUGAGGACCUGGGAUCAUGUGCUACAUGAGGUCAAAGGGCACCUCCUGGUCCCUGGCCCCACCCUGUCUGCUUCCUCAUUAUUUAUUUAUACUGCCUACUUGGUGGCAGUUUGUGAGGAAAUAUGUAAAAUAACGACCAACUCUUUUAAUGUCUAUUUUGUAAAUAGUGUUCACGUUACACAUUUGUUACCUGAAGCGGUUGUUUUGUUUUUUUCAUUGGUUAGGGAAGAAAGAAAACGGUCACUGUUAUCGUAGUGUAACAGACAGUAUCGAUCCAACCAUCAGGACUUAUUAUGAAGUAUGAAAGUAUUAUGUAAUAAGUACAGUGUAUUUUGUUUUAUGGUUCUGUACAUUUUUUAAGAAAUUCCGCCAUUUCUAGCUCACUCAUUGCGACCUUUGUCAAAACUCUGUUCUGUAAAGAGAGGUAAUCACAGGCACACCUACACUACAUCAUUUUACACCCCCUCAUGAAAAAGGGAAUUGAAUGGAUGUAUACAACUUGUCAAAUAAAGAAAUGACUCUGCAUGCCAAAACACCCGUGGAAGACGUGGCGCGUCUGUGUCGGGCCCCGCCAGCGAGCGCGGACAGCUGACGCAGUGCCAAAGCGCAGUGCCAAAGCGCAGUGCCAGCUGAGCCGCCGUCUGACACCAACCGGAAAUGCACCAACCCAAACGAGGCGUCGGAGCCCCCGUGGGCACGGCGCCCAUGCCUCCCCCCGGCCCUGCCAGCCUGGGACUCCCGUGUGCCUCAUCGCGUUGGUCCUCGACGGGCAACUUUUUCAAAGCUUUCCGCCAUCGGAGGAGGCAGGACUGGCAAACAUCCGAACUCAGACCCGCUGACGCAGCAGUCGCCACAUCUGUCUGUAAGUUAUAUUUGGAUCGUCUGACAUCCUGUUCCCUCGCUCGUCUUCUCACAGUCGUCUCGACAGACGAUCUCCACACGGUUGUUGUUAAAUGAGGACUGAUGUUCCCCCAGCCCCUUUUUUAAGUAAAGAAUGUGAUGAGUUGGAUGGGUGUGUCUUUCGGAUGUGCAGUUAGAGAUGACUAAAGACCUCUUUGCUGAAGCAAGUUCCCUUUUUGUAAGAGUCUGUUGCAGCUGGAUACAGCAACACAAUCAAUAAAAAUAAUUCAUGCUCCGACAACGGAGGCGCGACUAUUUAGAGGAAUGUAAACUGUCAUAUUAAAUGAGAAGUAGGAGCAGUGACAAAGAUGGACUCCGUCAUUUUGACCGUGUACUGGAAGAUAUACUUGUAUAAUAUGAAUAAUUCACCAUUGAAAAUAGCUUUAUUGUUGUGCCCAUGCUAUUUUGCUAUUUAGUAAAUAUGUAUAUUUAUUGAUAUUUCAUAUGUUGUGUAUACUGGUAUUAGUGAUCUAUGAUUGUUGAGACUUAAAGAGUAAUUGUAUAUUUUUUGACUUUGGAAAGAGAGGGUCUGUUUUUGCACGUCGUCCCCUUCCACUGCUUGGGUGUUCAGUCUCCAUGCACUGUGGUUGCAUUUUGAAUAUGUGACCAUCUUUUACCAUAUAUUUUCAGUAUAUAAAAUCUUUGGUUAUAUUAAAACACAGCCAUUCAAAAUGAUCAAAGCACAUUCCUCGAUGUCUGUUCAUUCAAAUGCUUUCUUGUAGAAUGUGUAGAAUAUAUAUAGAUAUAUGCUAUAUAUACAUAUAUAUUUACACAUACACAUAUGUACUGAAUUGCACAGUUGAGUAAUCUAUUACUGUGAAUAUCCUUACUGAAAAAUCCUUGUUCCCUUUUCUUUAUUUCAUGUGAUUUUUAUGAUUGCAUUGUGUGCAGUGUUCCUCUGGUGAAAUGGUGCAAAACCAGUUCGGAUCUUAAAGGGAACGUUCUUGUUAUUUAAAUAAUUUUAGGGUGUACACUCAAAACCUUUUUGUAAAUGAUUCUCAUUGUAGUCACUUUCCUGAUUUUUUUUUUCUUUUUCUUCAAGGCAAUGGUCCUCUAGUUUCUUCUGAAACUCAACACAUGUAUUCAGUUACAAUACACACAGAGGGGGUAGAAGCUUUCACGAUGAGAGUUCUCCAGGUUUCAGAGGUUUGGAUGAUUUGAAUGGAGCUGUCCAUGAAAUUGUUGAUGCAUUAAUGUCCUACAAAGACCUGCUCUUGUUGCUGCAAUACAAUGUAUGGUGACUAGGUAGCUUGGCAACUUUGGGGGGGGGGGUGGAUGAGCCGUUGCUUGUAGGUUUUUCAGGGAAACAGACCAUACAACUUCUGCAAACUGACGCUGCUUCAAAUCCAGCUAAUGCGAGGGACUUCUGGCGAUUUAUAGCAAUAUAGUUUAAUAGUUCUUGUUUUGGGUUUUUUUUUUCUCGAACUCAUUUACAGGAUUUACACCUUUCAGAACUCAGCCAUGGUCUUACAAAGGGGUCAUUAAUCGAGACUUACGACUCCAUCGCCAUCCCACACGCUCGGUGUUGUAGUUGCAUAAGCCAGUGUUUCCAAACCCGGUCCUCGCAGAGCCCCAGACGGUCCACAUUUUUGCUCCCUAUCAGGGAAAGAAAACAUGGCCGUAGGUCUUCAAUAAUGACCCCUUUGCAAGACGUAUCAGGCAGCAAAAAUAUGGGCUGUCUGGGGGUCCCUAGGAGCCGGUUCGACAAUCACUGGUUAAACCUUUGCUUUUACCUCAUGUUCUUAGGCUGGAAAAAAAGUUUUCCAUUGGCGUGGCAGGAAGCGUGUAGCUGGUUUCCUUUGUGGAUUUUGUACUGCGUUCUGAUGCUAGCUGUCAUGGCUUUGAGAGACCUGCCUCAUUUUCAUGUCAAAAAGGCGAGUUAAGAGACGAAUGCGCCGAGUGGCAGUCCUUGGUUUUACCCGACGACGGAGAGCGGUCACGACAUGUCUCAUGUCGUCGGAACAGCUUGGGGACGCGUAACCUGUCCCGACAGCUUCCGCCUGCUGCCCUCUUCCUCGCAGCCCGUCUCAUGGAAAUAAGGUGAUGGGUAAAAAUGAAACAGCGACUGACAAAUGAUUCGUAAUGAUGAAUCAGUCCAUCUCUACAUUUUUCUUUUUUUUACAAUACUACUUGAGGAAAAACGCUACCUUAAAUCAGAAGGAUGUUAAAUGCUAAAUGAAAAUGUUGAAUUAUGUCACGAUGAUAUGUUGAGUGAACUGUACUUCUAAGGGCAGAGUCUCUGAAAGCUUUAAUGAGUGUGGAGUCUUGUGUGUGUCACCAUCCCUCGUGCACAAGGGGUCGCACGUUUCUUCGGCUAUAAUAGGCAUUCUUUUAGCUUAUAGCCUCAAAGCGAAUCGUGACCCGUGCGACGGACACACCCACGACCCGAUGCUCUCCUUCACCGCAGACGCAACAGCUUUUUUUUAAUUCCUCUGUUCUGAUGUGCCUAGGGCAAGCAAUACAGCACUCGAGAUCUGCCCGCUUUCAAAUACGACAAUGGCAGGGGUUAUUGUACAGAAAUAGUGUUACAUUAUGCAUUAAUACACUAGCAGUAAUAAGGAUAUGUUGCAUUUCGCACUUUCUCCUAGCCUCUCCCAACCCUGCUUACUAGUACAUCCCCCUUUCUAGCUUUCAGCCAUAUCGAGGCGAUACGAACUCCGUGCGGGGGUGUUUGACAUGCUGAGAGGUCGCCCCCUCCCCUGUUCUCGCUGUAGAGUUCACCUGAGUCUGUACAGACUUACAGACUAUUUGUGAUCUUGUGGUGGAGUGACCAGCCUUUUCUAUAUCGCAGCGUUGAUGGUCUCUCUUGUUACCUCUGGCUGCAGCAGGUUUGGACUUUUCCCCACAUUGAGGUUAAACAUCGUCGCCCCCCCCCCCCCCCCCCCCAUGUAAUAUAAACUGAGAUGGCACUUUCAAAGCCAGUUUCACAAUAAGGGCAACAGGGCACACUUCUGUCCUCUUGCUUCAUUUUUCUUUCAAACAAGGAUAAAUCAGAACAGCUGAGAUGUUUCAUUCGGGUUUUGUGUUGCUUGGAACUGAUCGACUUUUGUAUAAGAACACAUUUGGUGGAUAUAGCAAGCUGUUGAGUGCUCUGUUAUGUUCAAGUGUGUCCUUUACAGUGGAUUUAUGACCUGUAAUGUGUUGUACAAAAUGUUCAUUUUUGUCAUUUUCUUUGCUUUUUUUUUUAUUUAUUCUGUUUGAAAGAAACCAAUGUGAGAUUCUCCUUGAGAAAAAGAAAUCUUGUAACUUUUACCAGUCUUGGUUCUAUCUCUUCAGCGUUUCAGAGUAUUUUUUAUCAUGUUAUAACAUUUGUCUUUGUGUAAAUAAAUGACAUUGUUUCUGCUGAGACAA